CGAGAAUGUUUUACAAGAGGUUGGCGUUGCUUGACGCUUGGAGUGUGGCCAAAGAGGAUUUGUAUAGGGUGGGUCGGUCGUAAGUGUCAGCUUUCUGAGAUUUUUUGUCUUCGGCGCGCCUUUGGACCUUUAUUCGUAUUCAACCAAUCAGAUUGCCGGAUUUACUAUACACCCUACCUUCUCUGAUCAUUCCACCCCUCUUUGUUAAGAUCCGACCAGAAAAAAAAAACGAAUCCUUCUCUGAAACUUGGUUAAAAUUCUCCCAUUCCUCUGUUCCUUUUUAACGUUUAUCAUCAUCAUCUUCCCUCUUCACCAACUGCUUCUACCUCCCUUCUCCAGUUUUUGUCUCGACUCUUGAGGAGGUGUUGUCUGAAAAGAAAAGAAAAAAGAUGGAAGUUAGCGGGGACUAUGACAACUUAAAGAACCGCCCCUUGACUCCGCUUAGGAUCCUAAGGGGUCUCAUCAUCUUACUCAUCUUCCUCUCCACCGCUUUCAUGUUCCUCAUCUACUUCUCACCCGUCUUCGCUCUCUCCUUACGCCUCCUAAGCGUCCACCAAUCCAGGAAAUCCAUAUCCCUCAUCUUCGGUCACUGGCUAGCUCUCUGGCCUUACCUCUUCGAAACGGUCAACCGAACAACAGUAAUCUUCUCCGGAGACACCCUUCCCGUGGAGAAACGCGUCCUUCUCAUCGCAAACCACAGGACGGAGGUGGACUGGAUGUAUCUCUGGAACAUCGCCUUGAGGAAAGGCUGCCUCGGCUACAUCAAGUACGUCCUCAAGAGCAGCUUGAUGAGGCUGCCUAUUUUCGGAUGGGGGUUUCAUAUCCUAGAGUUUAUCCCUGUGGAGAGGAACCGUGAGGUUGAUGAGCCUGUUAUGCUUCAAAUGCUUUCGACUUUUAAAGAUCCUCGAGAACCCUUGUGGCUUGCUCUAUUCCCCGAAGGAACAGACUUCACCGACGAGAAGUGCAAGAGAAGCCAAAAGUUUGCAGCUGAGGCUGGUCUUCCAGCACUAUCUAACGUACUUUUACCAAAGACAAAGGGCUUUAGCGUUUGCUUUGAAGCUCUACAUAACUCUUUGGAUGCAGUAUAUGAUCUGACUAUCGCAUACAAGCCUCGCUGCCCAUCUUUCAUGGACAAUGUAUUCGGUACUGAACCUUCAGAAGUUCAUAUCCACGUUCGGAGAGUUCUAGCUAAGGAGAUUCCAGCAAACGAUGCAGAGUCUUCUGCUUGGUUAAUGGAUUCGUUUCAGUUAAAGGACAAACUCUUAUCCGGUUUCAAUGCUCAGGGUCAGUUCCCAAAUCAAAGACAAGGAGGAGGAGAAGAACUCUCUAUCUUGAAAUGCGUUGCCACUUUUGGAGUGGUGAUAUCUUUGACAGGGCUGUUUAUUUAUCUGACCUUGUAUUCACAUAGCUGUUUCAAAGCCUAUGUUGGUCUGAGCUUUACGUAUUUAUCUUUUGCUACUUAUUACAAGUUCCGACCUUCACCACUUGCUGGCUGUUGUAGAGGAGAUUCUUCUAGUAAAGAAGGAAAAGAACACUAACUCAUGUUGUACAUACAGUUCUUUCCUUUACAUACAGAGAAAUAAUAUCAAAGAAAUUUACAGGCAGACAAGUUUUCAAA